AUGGGCGCUGAGAAACAUACACUCAAUGCGAUCAAACAGUUGGCGGACAAGUUUCCGUUAGAAAAGCUGAAUUACCGGACGCCGGCUAUAGUACUCAAACAUCAGUUGUACACAGUGCAGCCCAGUCGGACGGAUGUGGACAAGGACAUUAUAAAACUGUUUGUUUCCAAACAGGUCCGCUUGUUCAAACUCGGAGUCAUGACGGAUGAGGUGGCCGUUGUCCUGGAACCCGAUGUGAUUAAGCACAUUUUCGGGUCAAUCCAAGGCCAAGAGGAGAACUUCAAGGCGGUGGUAGAAAGGUUUCUUGUGCAGGUCAUGGGCAACCAUCGCGAUGUCAGCAUACAGGCCAACGCCCUCAAAGUCGACUACAACUUCAAUGAGGAUCAUAUAACAAUGCUGUUUAACGCUGGAGUAUUGGUGAGGCGAGACACACUCAGCUAUUGGCUUUCACUUCCAGAUAUAGGUAU